AUGGCCUCAACUUCGAUGGAGGCUUUUACUGGAGGCUUACGAACAGAAAAAGGCCCUUCACCUCGCCCAUCAAGGCCCUUCACCUCGCCCACGACCUUCUGCCCAUCAUCGAAGGGCACCAGAUGCUUGGGAGCUACCACCAAACCCGGAACACCACCGAACACCUCCGAACUUCGAGUCAAGCCCCGCCCAGUCAAACCCCCACGCAGGUUUUCCCUGCGGGGCGGGCGGAAGACCUCGUCCGUGCCAUGGCGUGACGCUCCGCCCGUGAUGGGCGCGGCGCCCUCGUGUUGCGAGUCGCAUGCGGCGGAUCCUCCGGUCGAGCCGGUGCACACGCUGUCAGUGGCCGACAGCCAGGAGGAGGUCUUGGAGCCAGUGAGAGGCCAAGACUCUGAUGUGUCGCGUGUUGGGAUUCGUGAAGAUAGCAAGGUCCGAAGAAGUUUCCUCCUUGAGAAGAAGCUGGUGUCCGACCAGGAGAUCAUGAAGGGCGUCCUCCUCAGGAGCACUCUUCGGGGCUUAGGACGUUUGUGGCGUGGCUCACCCAUCGACCUGCCUCAGGAGAAGAAGAUCAAGCUGUGGCACGAUGCAAUGUCCGUCAGCGAGUUUGAUGUUUUCUUGUCUCAUACUUGGCACACCAAGGGGAUUUGGAAAUUCCUCGCUUUAUCGUUGCAGAUCAGCUGGAGGAACAUCCUGCUUUGUUGGCUGUUGGCGAUCAUUCUCAUGGAGCUCCUUUUCUACCUUGACCUUUUGCCCCCUGAUCACAUCCGCUGGGACGUCUCUAAUCCUGGCGGCACCUAUAAUUGGGAUGUGCCCUACAGCCAGUGGGGCACCAUCUUGGCGCCCGCCGUCUCGCUGGUGCCCUUCCUCCUCGCACCUUACGCCAGCCAAGCCCAGGUGUGUUUCUUGGAUGUGGCCUGCAUCCACCAAGCCGAUGAUCACCUGAAGGAGCGUGGCAUCUAUGGGCUCGGAGGCUUCUUGAAGGCAUCCAAGGAGCUUCGGAUCCUAUGGAGUCCACCGUAUUUGUCUCGACUGUGGUGCAUUUUCGAGCUUGGUGCCUAUCGCCGCGGACCUGGAUCGGUGAGAACUGGGACCGAUCGACCUGAAGCGGAGAGGAUCGGACGGAGCUCGGAGCUCCGAGAAGAUCGGAAUCGGGUGUCUGACUGGGACCACGUGUCGUUGGUCCCGUAUGGUCCGCGCAAUUGA